AAGUAAUGAAGUAGAUGUGUAUUUUGAAAAUUUGAAAUUUCCCAGUACAUAAAGAUAUCCCCGAAUUUGUUGUUUAUCAUCUCACAAUUUACGCACAUCGUUGAUUCAUCGAAAAUUUUUAUUUGUGUGACGAAAAUGUUGGCAUCCUACAUCUACGAGUAAGUAUAAAAUGCCAGCGAUUUCGUAUUUGAAAGUUCAUAACCGUGUUGAAAAGUGUUGCUGAUACUUUCUUCAAGACAGAAUUUUUACAACUUGGAAAUAAUUUUUGCGGUUAUUUUCUUAAGAACCUACCAAAACUGAAUCGAAGCCACCGGUGAAUUCCGUACGUAUACCAGAACUAUGGCAAAGUACUGGGCGUUUUCCAGAAUCCUUGCAGGACUAGCAAUCCUUGUCGUUUUCGCAUCAUCAGCUCCUGCCGCUCCUUCCUCCAGUGCGAGUGAGACACUCGUCAAAAACUUCGAAGAUGCUAGAAAAAUCGUACGUGACUACAAAACUACGCUAGAAAGUCGUAUGACACCCAAGCCCCAACGUAAAGUACCUGGAAUUUCUGCUUCCUCUGCCUCCAAUUCUGAUUCCAAUACAACCGAUCUGCUUCGUAGUAAAUUCUCUAAAUUUCAAAAUCAGUUUAUCACUUUAAGUAAAUCCGGUUCACUCGAUAAAGCAGCAAUCAACGUGCUAAAUAAUACCUUCAAUGAAUUCAAUAAACUCGUUGAUGAAAAAUCCGAAGAAGACCUAAAGAAAGCCGUCAAAGAGCAGGAAUUGAAGGAAAGAAUCUCAGAAUUGGAGAAAAUAUUGCAGACUAUACGUCCAUUACUGGAAUCCAUUCUUCGUAAUGAUAUUGUAAGAAAUGUACAAUCUCGUCGGUUUUCGGAUGCUGAACAACAAUUACAGUAUUUCGAUGAUUAUAAAUAUCUCGGCAGCCAAGUUUACAACGGAUCAAUUAAUAACUUCGAUUUGCUCCAAAAUUUUGGAAGCUCCGUCAAGGAUUAUCAACACCGAUUCAACGUGUACAAUGCCUUAUAUAACGAGAUGAAAUCCAAUGGUCAUAAAGAUAUUUCGAAGCUCCUUCAAUUGAGCGAAUCAUUGCAGAAAGGAAUUUCCAGUUUAUCAAAUGUCAAUAACACCGUUGAAACUCAAACACUCAUCAGUACCUUAUGGAAUGAAAACCAAGAUGCGGCCAUCGAGCCCAUUUCUAACGCCUUCCUAAACGACAGCUCUUGGGAAAUGGUUAAACAGCUCACUAAUGUUAUCAAUGGCAGUUCUGUGAAAUAUGUUGACAACGUUUACACCAAAGUUAUCGAAAAAGUCUUUGAGAAGAUGGACACGGUUGAAAUAUUGAGAAAAGCCAAGGCAAAUUUGAAAUGCUUGGACGAAUGCGUAUCGAUUCAUCGAGCAGUGUUUGAUCAAUUACAAAGUAAUGGAGAUUUAUUUGGAAAUUCCACCAUAUCUUUAACUCGUUACAUAAAAGCAACCAUGGAUGAUGCGGACUACAAAAAUACUCACCCGGAUAUGCAAACUCGUCACAAACAAAUCAAAGACAAGCUACCCAAGUCUGUGAGAAACGCUGUAUUUUCGUCAUUGGUAUGCGUUAAAAAUACCAAGUAUAAUGAGUUCUUUUAUGCAUCUGGUUUAUCGAAUGAAACAAAUUCCGAAGGUUUACAUAAUGUUUCCACUUUGAUAAAUGGCGAUGGAGGUAGCCCGGCCAAUUUUAAAUGGAAAGUGUCCUUUUUGGGUAGCAGUACGAAUUUCAAUUUGACCAACGAAGCACUGAAUGAAUACUUAUACUCGUCGGACAAUUUUGAGGGUUAUAGACGAAAAGUUUUUACUAAGAAGUUAUCGUCUGAUACGGCCACCGGUGUAAAUGGUUCCUGGAGAUUUGAAGUGAAUGGAGAUGGAGUUUUUAUCAUAAAUGUUGAUAGAAAUGAGUACCUGUUUGCUGACGAGAAGAGAAAAGCCAUGUCUCAACGUGAGGUAUUUACGUCGAUCAACGUCACUUCUGGAGCAGUUCCAGCUGAUAGUAGAUGGGAUAUCGUUGAUUGCACUGAUUCUGAACAAGCUCCUUUCAAAGCUUAAUUUAGCUCAUGCUCAUUGAGUUACUUUGUACCUACUUCUUCAUGAUUAGGAAUAUAUGUAUAAUUGUAUAUUCUAUACCGAUACCAUAUUUAUAUUAUUGAUGGAUUAAACAUAGCAAAUUAACUAGGUACCUACUUAUUAGUAUCUGUUAUAUUACCUAUUUAUUUGAAUCCUUGGAGUAUAAUCUAAUAAAAUUUCUGUUCCUAUAAUUUAAAAA